AUGAGGGUCAUUUUAUCAGCUGGUUGUGUUGUGGUUGCUAUCUUAUGUGUUUUUCUUGUGAGUGGUUUGGUUGUGGCGGAUGAUGAUGCUAAGGUGGUUAAGGAUGAUAAGCACUUAUUUCCUCAUCCCCACCCACGUUUUUUUAAGGAAGGAGGUCUUGGGCAUGGGAUUUACGGGAAGGGGUUUAGGCAUGGAAGGUUUGGUGGCGGUGGAGUUGGUGGAGGCAUUGGCGGUGGGGGUGGUCUUGGCGGAGGUGGGGGUCUAGGAGGUGGUGGUGGGCUUGGAGGUGGAGGAGGUGCAGGUGGUGGGUUAGGAGGUGGUGGUGGUCUAGGUGGGGGAGGAGGAGCUGGUGGUGGUGGGGGUUUAGGUGGUGGUGGUGGGUUUGGUGCUGGUGGAGGAGCCGGUGGAGGUGGUGGUCUUGGUGGAGGUGCUGGAGGAGGUGGCGGGCUUGGUAGUGGUGGUGGAGUGGGUGGUGGUGCAGGUGGAGGCUUUGGUGGAGGUGCAGGUGGUGGUGUUGGUGGGGGAGGAGGUCUUGGAGGAGGUGCUGGCGGUGGAGGUGGGUUCGGGGGUGGUGGUGGGGUAGGCAGUGGCGCUGGAGGAGGCUUUGGAGCUGGAGGUGGUGGAGGAGGCGGAUUUGGUGGAGGAGGUGGUUUUGGUGCUGGUAGUGGGGCUGGCUUUGGCGGUGGAGCUGGAAUCGGAGCUGGCGGUGGCCACUAAUUCAAGUGCAAUCAUGAUAUGAACAUUAGUUUUCUGCUGCAACUUUUAGAGAAAUGAAUUAAUUUCUAGCUAUAUAUUAUUUACUUCGUAUGUUCCCUAUCAUGAAAGUACGUAAUGUGUUAAUAGUAGGGGUAUUAUUAAUUUGCAGCUUUAGCAAUCAGUAUUAUUCUUUCAUCUUAUUAUAA